UAGCCAAAAGGCUCGUACCCACGCCGACAUUUGUGCUGACCAAUUUGCAAAUCUGGAUUAUAAAUCAGAUCAAAAUAAACCAGUAAACCGAGGAUUAACCCGUCAUAUCCGAUAACAGUGUGAACAGCUAUCAACAUGUCCCGCUUCUUCGCCACUGGAUCCGACAGCGAGUCGGAAGAGUCCCUCUCCGCUGACGAGCUCGCCCCUAAAACCACCGGGACUACUUUCAACAAGCAGGCCCUGUUGUUGAGCGAUGAUGAGGAAGACACUAAAAGAGUGGUGCGCAGCGCUAAGGACAAAAGAUUCGAGGAGCUGACGAACCUGAUCAAGACUAUCCGAAAUGCCAUGAAGAUCCGGGACAUGGCCAAGUGUCUGGAGGAGUUCGAGCAGCUGUGUCGAGCGUUCCUCAAGAGCAAAGCCAUCGUGGACAAAGAGGGCGUUCCGCAGUUCUACGUCCGUCUGCUGGCCGACCUGGAGGAUUACCUCAACCAACUAUGGGAGGAUAAAGAGGGCAAGAAGAAGAUGAACAAAAACAACGCCAAGGCCCUGAGCACUCUUCGCCAAAAGAUCCGCAAGUACAACCGAGAUUUCGAGACUGACAUCGCCACAUAUAAGGAGAACCCAGAGCAAUCUGCUGAUGAAGAGGAAGAGAAGGAAGAAGCCGGGUCUGCCUCGUCCUCCGAGAGCGAUGAAGAUGACGACGAGGACGGUGUCGCAGCCAAGAGCUUCAUGAAGAAGAAGCCUGCAGCCGAACCAUCCCCGGAAGCCAGCAAGUUCCUCAAAUCUGCGACUGCUGAUGAAGAAUCUGAAAGCAGCGAUGACGAUGAUGAAGACUGGGGUCUGGACUCCACCGACAGUGGCGGCUCAAGUGAUGACAAUGAAGACAACACCACGUCCCUGGCUACAGCCUUCCUUAAGAAGACCCUGGAUGGAGACAAGCAGUCGGGCGAUCGCAAAAAAGAGGAGAGGAAGCGCAGGAGCAAGAAAAAGGAGCGCGCGGAGGACGGCGAAGAGGAGGACGACGACGAGAGCGGAGGCUGGAAGAAGGUGAGAGGCGGAGUGCCGCUGGUCAAAGAGAAGCCCAAGAUGUUCGCCAAGGGUACCGAGAUCAACACGGCCGUGGUGGUGAAGAAGCUCAGCGAGAUCCUGCAGGCCAGAGGGAAGAAGGGCACCGACAGAGCUGCUCAGAUUGAGCUUCUACAUGCUCUCUCAGCCAUCUCAGACGAGAACAACUUGGGUCAGGGUAUAACGGUCAAGAUCAAGUUUAACAUUAUUGCAUCACUCUAUGACUACAACCCCAAUCUGGCUGCUUUCAUGAAGCCGGAAAUGUGGAAGAAGUGUCUGGACUGCAUCGAUGAGCUGCUGGACAUCCUGUUCGCCAACAGCAACAUUUUCAUCGGCGAGAACAUCGUGGAGGACAGCGAGAACCUCGCCGUCUCUGAUCAGCCUUUCCGUGUUCGUGGCUGCAUCUUGACUCUGGUGGAGCGGAUGGAUGAGGAAUUCACCAAGAUCAUGCAGAACACAGAUCCCCACUCGCAGGAGUACGUGGACAACCUGAAGGACGAGGGGCGCGUGUGCAACAUCAUCGACCGGCUGCUGCAGUAUUUAGAGACCAAGGGCACCACAGAGGAGGCCUGUCGGGUCUACUUGCGGCGCAUCAUGCACACCUACUACAAGUUCGACUACAAGGCCCAUCGUCGCAGCCUGGGCCUUCAAGGACAGAGCAAAUCCGAGCAGGACCAAGAGGAGAGCGAGGGAGACGACAGCGCCCUGCUCAUGGACCGCCUGUCCAAGUUCAUCUACUCCAAGGACCGCACGGACCGCAUCCGAACCUGCGCCAUCCUGUGCCACAUCUACCACCACGCUCUGCACAGCCGCUGGUACCAGGCCCGCGACCUCAUGCUCAUGAGCCACCUGCAGGACAACAUCCAGCACGCCGACCCUCCCGUACAGAUCCUGUACAACAGAACCAUGGUGCAACUGGGCAUCUGCGCGUUCCGUCAGGGCAUGAUCAAAGAUGCCCACAACGCCCUGCUCGACAUCCAGUCGAGCGGCAGGGCCAAGGAGCUGCUGGGUCAGGGCCUGCUCAUGAGGAACAUGCAGGAGAGGAACGCUGAGCAGGAAAAGAUCGAGAAGAGGCGGCAGGUUCCAUUCCACAUGCACAUUAACCUGGAGCUGCUGGAGUGCGUGUACUUGGUGUCGGCCAUGCUGCUGGAGAUUCCCUACAUGGCAGCCCACGAGUUCGACGCCCGCCGCCGCAUGAUCAGCAAGCAGUUUCACCACCAGCUGCGCGUGGGCGAGAGGCAGCCACUGCUGGGCCCUCCCGAGAGCAUGAGGGAGCACGUGGUGGCCGCCAGCAAGGCCAUGAAGAUGGGCGACUGGCGCACGUGCCAUUCGUUCAUCAUCAACGAGAAGAUGAACAGCAAGGUGUGGGACCUGUUCCCCGAAACGCAGCGAGUCCGGGAAAUGCUCGUCAGGAAGAUUCAGGAGGAGUCUCUACGUACCUACCUGUUCACCUACAGCAGCGUGUACGACUCCAUCAGUAUGGGCACUCUGUCUGAGAUGUUCGAGCUGGAAAUACCCACAGUGCACAGCAUCAUCAGCAAAAUGAUCAUCAACGAGGAGCUCAUGGCUUCUCUCGACCAGCCAACUCAGACGGUGGUGAUGCACAGGACAGAGCCCACGUGCCUGCAGAACAUGGCGCUGCAGCUGGCAGAAAAGCUGGGUGGCCUGGUGGAGAACAACGAGCGCGUUUUUGACCUCAAGCAGGGCGUCUACGGCGGCUACUUCAACAGAGAUCAGAAAGGAGGCUACCAACAAAAGCAAGGCUACCAGAGAGAUCAGAAGGGCGGCUACCAGCAGAAACAGAACUACCAGCGAGGAUCCUACAGGAACCAGAACCAGGGUUCCUACAGAAAUACCAUGGAUUAAAGCCUGCAUUCCGUUUCCAUUUCCUCCCACCUGCAGUUCCGUCGUCUCCACUGCUUCAGUAUUUCAGCAUGUUUAGCGGUUUUGUAGCCGGAGCUAACAUUCUUUACCAGAUCUACUGUGUUUUACUGUUUAAUGGAUGUCACCUUUACAUUUGCUUUGGCUGAGGAUUACAGAGUGGAGCUGAUUUUAUUGGUUUGGUUAUAAUAAAUAAUAAAUAAAUAAAUAAAAACAUGAAAAACAGUGAUCAAUAAACAGUAUUCUGUA